CACACACACACUUAAUCUUCUCCUGUGGUCUUAAGGAGGAGCUUUAAACGGCACGCAUAUAAACUCGGUUUUUCACGGGAUUCUCAGUCAAAGGUUGAUACAGACGCUUCCAAUGGAUCCGCUAGUGCUCGGGAUUUUACUCUCCAUCACCUUCAGCGCUGUUCAAGGUGUCACACCCACCUGUUGUAUUGAAACGACAAGGAUUCCCCUUAAAUUGCUUGUAAAGGUGGACAAGUAUGAUGUUCAGACCAGCCGGGGAGCCUGUGACAUCAAUGCUCUUGUGUUGCAUGUUGGACACAAGAGAUAUUGCGCUGAUCCAAGGCAGAAGAGAAAACUGAGAAGAUUAAGGUUACACAUGCAAAACAGCCGCAAAAACACACCUGCUGUUUGAAGACGACGAGAUUUCAUUUUAAAAACGUUUUUAAAUUUUAACAACGUUUCAUAAACAUUUUGCCAACAGUUUUGUGCUUUAACGGUGUUCUUACAAACAAUAAAAAAAGAUUUUAUAAUGGA